AUGUUAUCCGUGAUGGAGAAGAAUGCGAAACGGGUAACGGACCGCAGCGGCGCGGUCACCGUUCCCGUAGCGCGGGCCGCGUCCGACCGCCAAACCGCCGACAUGUGGCGGAAACCGUUAGGAACGAGUAUCGCAGCGCAACAUUACCGGGCGUCCGUGGCUACGUGGCACUGGAAGCGCAAAGGGACCGUUCAACAGCGCAAAGGGAACGUGUCGCCGUCGGAGACCACCGGCCCCAGGAUGGCCGCGACCGACUCGAAAAGCUCGGAACGGCGGCAGCCUGAGGACGGCGAAGGCGCCAAAUCGCAAGACGCUGGCCAGGAUCGGGUGUUGAACACCGUUGAGCUCGGUCACGACGGCGACGAUAACACGGUGGACCGGCAUACCGUGGCAGGUACGGACGCAGCGGCUUUACCGUACAAUAGCGACGAUGGCAUCAGAGCCGACCAGCUGACGAACAAAAUCAAUAUAUUGCUUAAAUACAGAUGA